AUUCUAUUACUCAUCCACAAGAUGAUGGAGCUGCUGACUGGAGAGGUUCCUAUAAGGUGUCAGGACGUCACUGUCCAUUUCUCCAUGGAGGAGUGGGAGUAUCUAGAAGGACACCAGGAUCUGUACAUGGAGGCCAUGAUGGAGGAGCACCAGCCUCUUAUAUCACAAGAAAAUCCCAGUAAGAAAUGUGAAAAUGUCAUGUUACCACUAGAUGAAGAUAUCAUGCAACGGUCUUCAGAAGAAAACCUAAUUAUCCUUAAUGUACAUUCAGGACUUUACAGUACAGAUCUAUCAUAUAAUCCUCCUAAUUAUGAGGAACCUUCUCCUGACCAAUCACAGAUUGUUACCGCAAGUACAAGUCAGAAAAGGAUUAAAAGUUUUCAUUGUGGUAAAGAAUCCACAAACAGCUCAGGACUUUCUAGACACCGAAGGCGUCACAAAGGAGAGAAAAUGUAUUCAUGUUCAGAAUGUGGGAAAUGUUUCACAUGGAAAUCAAUUCUUGUUAAACAUGAAAGAUGUCACACAGGAGAGAAACCAUAUUCAUGUUCAGAAUGUGGGAAAUGCUUUACCCAGAAAGUAAGUCUUGUUGCACAUAAGAGAUGUCACACAGGAGAGAAACCAUAUUCAUGUUCAGAAUGUGGAAAAUGCUUUACCCAGAAAGUAGGUCUUGUUGCACAUAAGAGAUGUCACACAGGAGAGAAGCCAUAUUCAUGUUCAGAAUGUGGGAAAUGUUUUACACAGAAAUCCAAUCUUGUUAAACAUGAGAGAAUUCACACCGGAGAGAAGCAAUAUUCGUGUUCAGAAUGUGGAAAAUGUUUUAUAAACAAAUCAGAUCUUGUUACACAUGAGAGAAUUCACACUGGGGAAAAGCCGUAUUUAUGUUCAGAAUGUGGGAAAUGUUUUACACAGAAAUCAGCUCUUGUUACACAUGAGAGAAUUCACACUGGGGAAAAGCCGUAUUCAUGUUCAGAAUGUGGGAAAUGUUUUACAGAGAAAUCAGAACUUGUUAAACAUCAGAGAUGUCACACAGGAGAGAAAGCAUAUUCAUGUUUAGAAUGUGGGAAAUGCUUUACCCAGAAGGGAAGUCUUGUUAUACAUAAGAGAUGUCACACAGGAGAGAAGCCAUAUUCGUGUUCAGAAUGUGGGAAAUGUUUUACACAGAAAUCCAAUCUUGUUAAACAUGAGAAAAUUCACACAGGAGAGAAGCCAUAUUCGUGUUCAGAAUGUGGGAAAUGUUUUAUACAGAAAUCAGAUCUUGUUACACAUGAGAGAAGUCACACUGGAGAAAAGCCGUAUUCAUGUUCAGAAUGUGGGAAAUGUUUUACAAUGAAAGUAAGUCUUGUUAUCCAUAAGAGAUGUCACACAGGAGAGAAGCCAUAUUCGUGUUCAGAAUGUGGGAAAUGUUUUACUCAGAAAUCUAAUCUUGUUAAGCAUGAGAGAAUUCACACAGGAGAGAAGCCAUAUUCAUGUUCAGAAUGUGGAAAAUGUUUUAUACAGAUAUCAGAUCUUGUUACACAUGAGAGACUUCACACUGGGGAAAAGACAUAUCUAUGUUCAGAAUGUGGGAAAUGUUUUACAGAGAAAUCAGAUCUUGUUAAACAUCAGAGAUCUCACACAGGAGAGAAAGCAUAUUCAUGUUCAGAAUGUGGGAAAUGUUUUACUGAUAAGUACAAUCUUGUUACACAUGAGCGAAUUCACACUGUAGAGAAACCAUAUUCAUGUUCAGAAUGUGGGAAACGUUUUUCAGAUAAAUCAAGUCUUCUAAAACAUAAGAGGAAUCACACAUGACAGAAGCUGCAUUCAGAAUGAGAAAAAUGUUUUUGUUUUUAAUACCAUAAUUAGGGGUCAUUAGUAAAGUCACACAGGAGAGAAGCCAUAUGGCCACAAUAUAACGAAACAAUA